AGGAAGAGGGCGGAACAUCGUGAAAGGAUUGUCCAAUGAAAACGACAGACGCCAGACACCCGGACCGCGCCGGGGUGGAGAAGACCAUGGAGAAUUUCUCGGCACUGUUCGGAGCUCAGGCUGACCCACCACCACCCCCAACCGCACUCGGCUUCGGACCAGGAAAACCUCCACCUCCUCCUCCCCCUCCUCCGGGCGGGGGCCCCGGCACGGCCCCGCCGCCCACCGCGACCACGGCCCCUCCGGGCGCUGACAAGUCGGCGGCUGGUUGUGGUCCCUUCUACCUUAUGCGGGAACUUCCAGGUAGCACCGAGCUGACAGGCAGCACCAAUCUGAUCACACACUACAACCUGGAACAUUCCUAUAAUAAAUUCUGUGGGAAGAAGGUGAAGGAGAAGCUAAGUAACUUCCUGCCUGACCUGCCAGGGAUGAUUGAUCUGCCUGGUUCCCAUGAUAACAGCAGCCUCCGCUCCCUCAUCGAGAAACCCCCUAUUCUUGGUGGUUCUUUUAAUCCUAUCACAGGGACCAUGCUGGCUGGCUUCCGCCUCCACACUGGCCCGUUACCAGAGCAGUGUCGUCUGAUGCAUAUUCAGCCUCCCAAGAAGAAGAAUAAGCACAAGCACAAACAGAGCCGUACCCAGGAUCCUGUCCCACCAGAAACACCAUCUGAUUCUGAUCACAAGAAGAAGAAAAAGAAAAAAGAGGAGGAUCCUGAACGGAAGAGGAAGAAGAAAGAGAAGAAGAAAAAGAAGAACCGACACAGUCCAGAUCAUCCAGGCGUGGGCAGUUCUCAGGCCAGCAGCAGCAGCAGCCUCCGCUAACAGGACUCUACUGGGAUGGCUGUUCCUGCUGGACUGAGCCUGCUGACAAAAGCUGCCCUCCAGCUCGGACACUGCCACGGAAGCAUCCCCUGCAACCGGGACAGAUGCCAGCUCUGACUGUGCUGGGCUAAGAUUAACGCAUUAUGUGAGAGAAGGGCCAUGCUUUUGUAAGGCUCAGCCCAGUUGGCUUUCUCACGGACAUCUCUUCCUCUCCCAGGAAGCUUUCCUUUCAUCUCUUUUGUGCAAUUGGUCUGAUUUAGGACAUUGAUCUGUUAGGGUUUUUCUUUAAAAAAAUUUUUUUGCAUUUAUCAAACUGGCUGAACUGUGGCUGCCUGUUAAGAGGUAAGUGCCUUUCCAUGUGAGAGUCAGGUUUAAGCCAGGGCACUCAAGAGAUCUGAGGAGAGUUUGGGUCCUAUCAUUACAUUAAUUAGUUGGCAGGAAGACCACCAAAAUGAGAGUGGAGAACAUGGUACACAAGUGAGGCAGAGCUUGCUAAUACCUGUCCACGGCGGACAUGUAACACUCUGCCCAUCAUGGGGAGAGCCAAGCACCUGGAUGAGCCCCCACCAGAAGAGCCGAUCCAGUUAAGGCUUAUCUGUCUUCUAGAUCAGUUUUGUGUUAAACAGAAUAGCCAACUGAAAAAGCACCCACAAUCACCAGUGUAUUUCAGCAAGGUUGAUUCCUGGUGAAGCCUGUGGUUUUUAUUUUUAUUUAUUUAUUUUUUCUUAAAUCUCCGGCAAGCAAAGGUAAAUGCUUUUUUCUUAAUGGACUCUCUGACCUGCCUCAUUCCUUAGUUAAGAUACUGAAACUUAGGCUGAUAGAAAAACAUUUCUAAGCUUCUAAGAUAGCCACAAAAAGGCAGCCUAAACUAGCAGAAUGUGAGAUUCCUUCAGUCUUUACAGCAGGCCAGGUAACUGGAAAUGUCCAUGAGAAAACCCAAGCUAUUGUAAUCUGACUUUAAAUAAAUUUGAAAGAACAGCUGAAA